GGUACUCAGGCUCGGACGGUUUUCUAACCUUUUCGUUUUUUUAACUUGCGGGUGAGUGUUGGAGGAGAAGCGGCUGCCUAUUGCAGCGGCCGAACAAGAACGGGUGUUUUGGAUGCGGAUCUGCAUAUAAUCAUCGCGUGAGACCGUGUAUCCCAGAACCUCAUUUCAUUGCUAUUUUCUCACACAUGAGCGACGCCGAGAUGCCUUCGACAACAUCUAUAACGACUUCUCCUCCGACCUCGCCUGCAUUUCCGCCUACGAACAUGCCAUCCUCCCCUCCGACGUCAACCAAGCGGCCCCCUCCACCCGUACCCCCCAGGCCGCCUAGUCUUGCUAAGCGCAAUAUACGUCAACGUGCUCGUCUUUCAGUCGCAUCGAGCACCUCGCGUACGCGUUCGAUCCUAUCGGGGAUUGACUGGAAAUCGCAACCUGAGGAUGUAGUGCUACCACCACCAAUGUCACCCCGUAGUGAGGUGGACAGGGCAGAAGCCGAGAUUGCUGGAAAGCAGAAUGGGAAUGGUACACCAGUUGGUGGUCUUGUAACGGUGCUCACUCCCGCAGAUUCACCUUCACAAACGCCCACACCCAAACCAACCCCCGAUACACUCCUUCGAUCAGACUACUUUACUUCAAAACCUCUUUCGCCACCCCCGCGAUCCGAAGCUUCCACGCCAAGAACAUCGCCUUCGCGCCCUGUCCAUCUUCUUAGACGUUUAUCAUCGCAUCCAACAUCCUGGAGAUCGUCUCUGUUUCGUCGCUCCGGAGUCUCUCCUAAUGGCAGCCCAAAGAUGACGGGCGAAGAGGCUAUUUUGAGUAAUGUCUUUGGAGGCAGUCUAAGUCCAGAAAUUGCCGAAACCUUGCUUGAAGAUGAUGAGAUGGAAGUUGUACCUGUCUAUAGCGCUAUCGCGUUAUACGAUUUUGAGCCAGACGAAGGAUAUACGGAUAUGGUUCCUCUCAAGGCUGGUGAACGAGUGGUUGUGUACGGCAAAAGAAAUGUGCGGAAUACUGUUCUGUCUAGUCCUGAUUUCAUGGAAGAUUGGGAUUGUGCAAAGGAGGUUGAGGUCGCAGAUGGAUGGUGUCAAGUCGAAUUGGAGAAUGCCGCUACAGGGUUUGCGCCCGUCUCGUACUUGAUGUUCUCGUCAGACACAACCCCCUUGGAGACUCAGCAAGAAGUGGAAUUGGCAGUAGCAGAUGCCGCACCUGAUACAGCAGGGUUUCAACCUAGCGACUAUAUACCAGUCCUCCGUCACCAACCAAGUUUCGAUGAAACUAAAGGCGUUCGUCCAUCCCAUCGGAUAGUCGAACAAUUUCUCAACGGCCUCCGUGAACCUAGUAUCGCCAGCAUCGGAACCGAUAACCUGUCCUAUCCGUCCGCAAUGUCAACCAUUACGUCAACCACAGCCUUCAUCACGUCAAAAGUGCGAAAAUCUUUGAAGCGGCUCUUGACCUCAUGGUUCUCUGGUAAUAGCGUCCAAGAUUUCAUUGUGAAAGGAGGAAGUGGCUCGCCUGAUGGGAGGGUUGAGGAUGAGAGAAAUCUCUCGUUUACAGAGUCGGAUGAUGAGUCGGGAAGGAGGAUUUCGACUGCUAGCGCGACUCAUGGUUUUCGAAUGCAUGACAAGCAUUAUAUCAAGCCAGGUCCAUGUUGGGCUGGCAACAAUCCGGCUUUCACCGUCACAAUGCAAGCACCUCAACGACGGAGAAAGGUGUCUAUUGAUCAUUCGUACAGUGGCACUAACACGAUCGUGGAUGAAUUUGUCUCCUACCGAAUUGUUACAUGGUUUCCUGACGAUGUAAUGAACACCUCCAGUGUCUAUCCCAUCCCCUCAAGCACAUAUUCCAUUGUCACGGUCGACCGCCGAUUUACCGAUUUUGAAUGGCUUCACGAGCGUCUCCUCUUCCGCUUCCCUCCACCCGUGGUUGUUCUGCCGCAACUGCCGAGGAAACAACUCCACCUAACAAAACGUUUUGACGUUGAUCACGUGGAGCGCCGACGAAGGGGUUUGGAAAUGUAUUUGAAUCAUCUUGCCCGACAUCCUGUUCUAAGGUCAGAGGAGGUUGUCAUGUUAUUUUUGAGCUGUGGCGGAGAGUUUGCGAGUGGUCUUGAUCGAGAGGAUAUGGCGAGAGCUAUUGAGGGUGGGGAAAGGUAUGGCGACGGAGCUGAGCCAGCAGUUGUGGUUGAAGAUGAGGAAUGGACGAAUGGAAUGAAGCAAUACGAUGCUGAACAUAGCCAACUGCAUAAUGCGGGCCCCGCCAAUUUUUUUACAAGGGUUCAGCAAUUGCAUCCAUCAGAGGGCGGGUACCCAAACAUGAUGGACCGCUUUUCAGCUCACUUGGAACUUGUCGACACACACCUAGAGCCCCUAAUCGAUUCAUCGCAGAAGCAUCAAUGCUUGGUUGGAGAUAUACCCAAACAUUACGAAACCAUUGCAAAUUCUUUGGAGGUUCUUGCCCGUGGAGGGAGCGAAGAGGGCCGGUUGCUAAGGAAUCUUUCAUGGUGUUGGAAACGAGGGUGCUUGGAAUGCCAUGAGUUUUCGGCUUCCAUCUUGAGUGUGUCGAAGCAGUUGCAUGGUAUUGCGGAGCUUUAUGAUUUGCAUGCCAGGACGGAUCUGGCCAUGUUCAAUGAACGUGUUCGAGACUACCAAACGCUCGUCAACAGCUACCAAGCACUCUCCCAACUCAACGACGUUGCUGAAACACGGUAUGAAGAGCUUUUGGACCAACAUCCACACACGUCCGGUGCAGCCCACGAAAGCAUCACCGGCAUGAAACGCCGGCUAACUACCGUGUGCAUGGUUGCACAAGCUGAAGUGGAACGGCUGCAUGAGGAGAAGAAGGUUGAAUGGGAGCGUUACGUGAAAGAUUGGUUGGAUGGGCAGAUUUCGGUGCAGGAGAAGGUUCUCCAGCACUUGAAGGCGGCCAGAGAGGCAAUGGGAAGAACAGGGUGUGAAUGAAUUACGUACAUAAUUGUGUUUCCUGCUUGAGUGCCUCGUUAUCUCUAUUUCUACUUGUCAUAUAUUGUACUGCUACCGUUCUCAUAAAUAUAUGGUAUGUGUAUUCUGAAUA